AUGGGAUUUGUCCUUCGUGCGCCUCAAGAACGCGCGCCCUCCUUGGGCCUGCCUUGUGCCCGCGCGCCCCAGGCCUCGUCCGCCCGCCCAGCACCCAGAGGAUGCCCCCGCAAGGACCCCGCCCCUCCCGUGUCCACGCACCUGCGGCCCCGCCCCGGGCCACGAACCUUCAAGUCCACGCACCUGCCCUGCCUUCCCUCCCGCCCCCCGCGCGCAACCACCAGGUGCAGCCUCGCUCCUCUUCGGCGGCCUGGGUAUCUAAAGGGGUCCGUCUCCGGCACCACAGCCAAAUGGCUGAGCCUCCCUGGCCCGCUGCGCAGGCCGCCCAUUGGACCCUGCCCCCCGCCGCCACCACCCCCAUUGGCUGGCGUCCGAAGUCUCGCCACUCGAUUGGCUCUUGGUGCCGCCGCUCCACGCAGGAGCCGCAGGUCCCGCCUCUACGCCGAUCAGGUUUGUGUGCGCCGCGGGUGCUGGGGGCUCGAGAACCGAGCGGAGCUGGUUGAGCCUUCAAAGUCCUAA